GAUCCGCGCGCCGCCGACACCCCUCGGAGCUCCCGGAGCGCGCCCGGCUCUCAGGGCUCGGCGGCAGGUGCCUCGCCGCGCAGACUCGCCGGGCGCGGGGACCGGCUCAGGCGCGGGGCCGGUUGGGGCGGGGCGGCGGCGCGCGUUCCCCGCCGGCCACACGGGCCGCCCUGCGCCCGGCGAGGGGCGUGUGCACCGGCGGGGUACUCGCGGGCCCCAUGUUCACGGAGCUGAGAACCAAGCCGAGCCCCCCGCGAGGCCGUGCCGGGGCUGUGCGCGCCGGCUUCGGGGAGCGUCGGGAUGUGGAUGCCACUGCCCAUUUCAACUUCUGCCGGACCCUCCUGGAUCACACGGUGUCGGCCGAGAACAUCCCCUGCCCCCUGCCUCGGACACCGGGUACCAGCCUCACGUGGCAUGACUCCCGAAGCCAGAGGGCAGCUGGCGGCCGGCCGGUCAAGCUCCUGCAGCAGCCUGGCACCGAGGCCCCCCAGGGCCGGCUGUACUCUGACCACUAUGGCCUAUACCACACGAGUCCGUCGCUGGGUGGCCUGACGAGGCCCGUGGUCCUGUGGAGUCAGCAGGACGUCUGCAAGUGGCUCAAGAAACACUGUCCCCACAACUACCUCAUCUAUGUGGAGGCCUUCUCUCAGCACGCCAUCACUGGCCGGGCGCUGCUGCGGCUGAAUGCAGAGAAGCUGCAGCGGAUGGGGCUGGCACAGGAGGCGCAGCGGCAGGAGGUGCUGCAGCAGCUGCUGCAUCUGCAGGUUCGCGAGGAGGGGCGGAGCCUGCAGCUGCUCAGCCAAGCUUCCUUCGGAAACAUGUCCUAGCUGCUGCCUAGGCUUGAAAUCCGGACCCCAGCACUGUGACCGGAGCCUCAGUGAGGAAGAAGCAGAGCUGGCCUCGCAGCCCCUCAGACCCUGCGUGGCCAAGCCUAGCCCAGUGGACAGGUGGGACCAGCAUCACCACCGCCAACCAUCUCUGGUUGUGCACUCCGGGCUUGCCUGGGAGUGGGGUGAGCGGGUAGGCAGGGGCUGCCUACCAGGUGGGGUCCUUCCUACCAGGACCUGAGCCCAGGCCCACCCCCUGGUGCUGCUGGCAGCAUGCAGGGCAGCCACCUGGAGCCAGAGCAGAUUUUGACAUCCCCCCAGACUCCCAGGGAGCCUGUUUAUUUAUAUUCCCUUCACCCGCGUUGAUGUCCGCCCGCGUUGAUGUCCGUCCUCCACUGCCUGCUGAGUCAUGCGUCUUCUAGGCACCCUGCCCUCUCCCAGGGCCAGAGGUUUGCCCCUUGCCCCAUUCACACCCUUCCCCAGCCCUGAGAGGACUGCCCUCACAGGUGGGAUGAACUGCCAAGGCUCCCUUUGGUGUGUGCCCCUCCCCUGUUCCCACCCAGAGAGUGGUCAUCAGCACAGGUCCAGCCAGGCACCAUGUCAAGUGCUCUCACUCAUUUCUGAAACCCUUACUAUGUUCCAUCUACUCAUGGGGACUGGGACUCACACCCAAGACCUGACAGACACAAGGAGGACCACACCCAGCACCAAUACCAGGCUCAGCUAUGUCCUGGCCUUAGGUUGCGGAAUGGCUCUCUCCUCCCAGGGUCAUAGAGACUGCCUUCCAGGCUUAAUCAUGGGUGGGCAUUCCAGGAAACCUGGAUCCACACGAGAGCUGUCUUGACAGUAGCACCGCCUGCCCACCCAGGGGAGACCCAGCCAAUGUGCAACCAUGAAUGGAGACCCAUGCAACCAUUCAGUGGGUCAGAGGGCCCCAGAUUUGGGACUGGUGCAGCUGAGCAGAGGGAGAGCUAGGGUGGUCCCAACAGCCCCCACCUCUUGUUCCUCUGCCCACUCACUCCCCUAGGGGACUCUUAAAACCUCGGGUCAGUUGGUGCUGAGCCAUGAGCCCCCAAGCUGUGCCCUGAGCUGGCCUCAGGAUGGGAAGUUGGUUGUUGCAGGUCUCACAUGGAAUGUGAACAACUGGCCUGGUGCCUCCCACCCUGUGCACCCAUCAUGGAAAGCCCCUCGUCCUUCCCAGCUCCCCUGAAUAUCCCUAGCCAUCUCUUGCCAUCAUGACAUGACCCUUUCCAGGGAUCCUUCCUCUUUCCCCUAGUGCCUCCUUGUCUUGCCCCCUCAACCUCACUGUGCUCCUGUCUCGUCUUUGUUGUUUUGCGUUUUUCUAUUCUGACAAAAGAAUCAGAAAUAAACUUGGUUCUC